GGAAAUCUUAACGUGAGGAGGCUCACGUUAUUUCAAUUUAAAACUUUUCUUUCAAUUGAGUUAUAUAGAAGACCAGCACGACUCUAUUGUUAACAGGGAAAGUAUGGUGUACAGGAGCAAGACACUACUAAUUUGAGAAUUAACAAAUGGGUGAGGAUUUUUCUGGCGACUUAAAAAAAUAAUAAAAAUGGAUAUUAAGAAUGAAGCCAAAUAACGAAGUGAAUUCCGAUUAUCAUAUCAACAAUUCGGACUAUUUAUUAUUGAAAGGUAUUAUAAACGUGUUAAAGAUUAGCAUGGAAAACGAUACUUAUCAGCAUUUUAACCACAGCAAAAUAAAUCCUAAACUAUCUUUGCUAUUGAGCAGAAUGAUUAUGCCUACAGAAAUGACCAGAGAAGCCGUAAUUAUAUUCUUUUAUUCCCUGAUUAUAGUCAUUUCCAUUUUUGGAAAUAGCCUGGUGUGCAACGUGGUGUGUCGAAAGUGGCAUUUUAAAACGUCUACGCAAAUCUUUAUCAUCAAUUUAUCGAUAUCGGACUUACUGAUGACUGUACUCAACAUACCAUUUAAUUUAGCCAGGGUAUUUCUGGACAAUUGGCCUUUCGGCAGGGUAAUGUGUGUUUUCGUUCCUCUUGUUCAGGUUGCUUCCGUUUACAUUUCUACCUUUACCAUGACGUGCAUCGCCUACGAUCGUUUCUACAUAAUCACCAGACCCUUAAAGCCGAGAAUGAGUUCUAAGAAGGCCAUAGCUGUGACUUUCGUUAUGUGGUGCGUGUCCAUCACUCUGUCACUUCCGGAAGCAUCGUUCUAUCGAGUCGAGAGCGUCUUCACCUACAAAACUCUGAUUCGAUGCCGCAUUAAUUAUCCUAAAGGAAUACACAGGAAGUACGUCACUCUGGCUUUGUUUCUGUUACAAUACGCCAUUCCCUUAUCCGUCACGGGUAUAAUUUACGUCAGAAUUAUGUGCAAAAUUUGGAAACGUCGCGCAAUCGGUGCCGUAACGGAAGAACAAAAGGUGCUAUAUUUAAGAAUGAAAGUGAAAACCAUAAAAAUGGCCAUGAUCGUAGUUUUAGUGUUUGCAUUGUGUUGGUUCCCGCUCAAUCUAUAUCAUUUAUUAAUAGAUUUCGAUCUGGGUAAAGCUUCGGCUACAGUAUUCUUUCUGUGCCAUUGGUUAGCCAUGAGCAGCGUGUGUUAUAACCCAUUUAUCUAUUGUUGGUUAAACGAAAACUUCCGAUCUGCUGCUAAGUCGUGGACUACGUGCUUUCAUCGAUGCAAAAACCUCAAUUCCGAAUUGAGAACGGUGUUACGUACACGAAGACUCGAAAACAGUGCAAUUCCAACAACACCGAGCGCAUCUAUUCCCUGUACGUAUGCAAGAAAUAGGAAAUCGAAAUUUAACAGAAACAUCUCCGUAGAAGUUUUUAGUACGAAUCUUACGAGAUCUUUCUCCGGAACUAAAGUUUGAAAUCUCCAAAAAAAAUGGGCAUGCCAAAUUAUAUCUAGGAGGAGACCGUUCCACGUGCGGUCUGUUUAAAUUUCCAGCCUAUCUCUCCCGGUUUAUUGCUAAAUAGCAUCCAUUUUACUUUCACGUGACAAAACGUGGGCAGCAAGUGGUAAACUCAUUUCGGAGGAUUCCUUUAAGUUAUUCAGGAG